AAAGCCUCUAAAGCUUUUUGCUACGCGCAUUUUCUUGCUGCCUGCUUCCCCUCUCUGCCCUUCUUCUGAGAACCUUUCCUCGUUCAAUCUCACAUCACACGACACCCACGUCGCGACUCGUCCUUCCCAAUCAUGUCUUCACCAGCAGUCUCCAACGCUCCACAGGUGGACUCUAAGAGCUCAAAGAAGAAGCGUGGCAAGGCUGAGGCCGCCGCUGCUCCAUCCACCCCGCCAGUCCAGGAACCAACCACGUCCACCGAAGCUCCUGUCAACGGCGCCUCUCAUGAGUUUCCCUUCUUGAAAGAACUUCAAAAGAGUUUGAGAAAUGCGACCAAGAAGCUUAAUGCAACAGCAAAGGUGGAUGCCAUUAUUGCUGAAAACCCUGGAGUGUCCCUUGAUGACCUUGUCACAUCCAAGAAAAUCAACGCCGAUCAAAAGGCGCAAGUCCUGAAGAAGCCCGUCCUCCAAGAGAAUAUCGCGUCUAUCGAAGAACAGCUCUCUCAAUUCAAACAAUAUGGCGCUUACUACAACGAUCGCCUUGAGAAGCAAAAGGAGGAACUCGACAAAGCUCAUAAAGAGGAAUUGGAUUCCAUCAAACAGGAUGUUGUUGCCGAGACCUUGCAAGCUGCAGAGAAGGACUUUAGGGAGCGAUUGCUGACCCUCAGUAAAUUCUUGCGAGCUGCGGCAGCAAUGAGACGCAGUGGAGAUGAAACUUCAAGCGACAGUCGUGCUUUUGAAGGAUCACUGUUCCAGGUCUAUGGUGGAACCCCCGAAGCUGUGGACGCAAUGAACAAAUUGAUCCAGGGUGCAGAUGAGAAGGUCCCCGGUGUUGAAGGCGAGCUUCUUGAGGUUCCAUACUCGAGAGUCAAACAGGCUUCACUGGAUUACAUGCCUCCUACUGAGGCUACGUGGACCGAAGAGGCUCAGCAGCCUACCGAAUCCGCGCCCGUUGCUGAAACUAUCCAAACAACUGACCCAACCCUUGCGAACGCCGGCAUGACUGAGCUACAAGAUCAGACUUUGAUGGCGCAAGCUCCGACUUCAAACGGCGUGACAUCUGCUCCCUCUCAACCAGCAGAGACUGUUCCUGCUCAGACUGUUGUGACUAAUGGAGCUGCCAACCCCAUGGCGCAGGCUGCAUGGGAACCCCAGGCGUCAAUCACCACCUCCCAAGUUGGCGAGGAGUGGGUGGAUGUUGAGACUCCACUAAAGACGGCCGAAGCUCCUCCAGCUUCGACACAAGAAGGUCCGCAACUACCCUCUCAAUUUGCGAAUAGUUGGGCUGAAGACGUUCCAGUGAGACUACCUGCUCCGGCCGAAGAAACUCAACCUGGCGACGGCUUCGAACGCGUUGUUCAUCACGCUAGACAGAACAGUGGACGUGGUCGAGGAUUCCGUAACCGUGGUCCAAGAGGUGAUGGCCAUCGUGGCCGAGGACAUUUUCGUGGAGACCGCGGUGAGUUCCGUGGCCGCGGUCGUGGCCGAGGAGAUUUCAGAAGUGGGCGGGGACGUGGUUCAUACCAUAACCAAGGAGGCGAAGCUGCGCCGGCACAGUAAAGACGAAAAGCAUCUAACCUAGAAUGCGCAGUCAUGUAGGAAUCAGCCAAAUUGAUUUCCUGCGACGAGCUCUGAGCUAUGGUUCAAAUAUUUAUCCGGCAACCAAUGCGGUUCAGUCGGCGUUCUCCUAUGACUUUUGCUUUGAUCUAUAUGGCUUUGUGAUUACGAUUGACGGUUUCUCUCUCUCUCGCGCCCUUUUCCCUCUUCAUCCUUGCUCGCGGCCAUUUUCACAGUUUUCCCCCCCAAAAUCCCCAAUAUCUCAACAUCGCAUCUCAGCAUUCCACGAAAAUCAGCAUUUUCAAAAGAACGAAAUACAGGGAAUUAUAAGAAAGGCUUUCUGACUCUUUAGCGUGCAUUCGGUUUUUUUUUAUUUGCCUUUUGUCCCCCCGUCUUCCCCUACAUUUCGCCUUUGCUUCACAUCUAAACUUCUUUUCAAUCGAGGGGCUUGGUCUUCUCUUCUAUUUCUCCUUUAAUUGUACUUUAAAUGACCUAGCAAAUUGGGGUUUGGGAUGGGAUGGGAGGAAGGAGGUUUCUUACGACGGAGUUCACAUCGUCCUGCAUCAACAGCAAUGGCACUAGAGUAGCCCGGUUCUCC